AUGUUAAUGUAUCGCCUUCAACCUCUAUCCUUUGUGCGGCACUACUCUGCUGUUACAGCCUCUAGAGUGCCGCUGGCCUACAGCCUACACAAGCCUCGAGGCCACCACCAUGCCAAAUGUCCUCCCAUCGUCUUCAUGCAUGGCCUCUUCGGCUGUAGGAAGAACAACAGGAGCAUGAGCAAAGUGCUGGCUUCUGACCUGGGGGCAUCAGUAUACGCUGUGGACCUUCGCAACCACGGAGACUCUCCCCAUCAUCCCAAGCACGACUAUACCGAGCUCGCCCUGGACGUAGAAAAGUUCAUCCAUGACCACGGCCUACGCAAUGUCAUCCUCAUCGGCCACUCUAUGGGCGCCAAAACAGCCUUAACCCUCGCCCUACGCUCUCCGUCCUUGAUAUCCAGCGUCAUCGCAAUAGACAACGGGCCCAUCCGUCUGCCCUUGACCGACGAUUUCCCACGCUACAUUAAGGGCAUGAGACACGUCCAGUCCCAGCCCGCACCCGUCACAUCCCUAGCCCAGGCAGACUCGCUCCUCUCACAAUACGAGUCAGAUCCAUCCAUCCGUCUGUUCCUACUCACCAACCUAGCCAAGGUACCUGGGCACAACCAUCUACAUUUCCGUGUACCGCUGGAUACACUGUCUUCCUCCUUGGAUGCACUAGGCGACUUUCCGUAUACUAACCCGCAGGAAACGCGGUUUGAGAAACCUGUGCUGAUAAUUAGAGCUACAAAGAGCCAUUAUCUACCUGACGAGUCAAAGCCGUUGAUGCAUGACUUCUUUCCGAGCCUGACGAUGGUGGAUUUUGACUGUGGGCAUUGGGUCAUUACCGAGAAGCCGCAUGAGUUUAGACACGUCGCCGUCGAGUUUCUACGCCGUGCCAUAUCGUCGAGUUAA